UCUCCCGUGGACUUUUUUCCAGGGAUUAUUAAUUCGCGAACAAAAAACGCGCGGUCAAAUUGCGUGCCAUUUUGUAGGUGGAUCGCUGCGUGAAAUUCUUGAACGCGCUACGCGACGCGUAUACACUUGCGUUUUGCGGGGAUCGGUCUUCCUCUGCCGCCGCUGUCGUUGCUGGGACCUAGCACACAGGUCCAGUUUAUACACAUACAUAUAAACAUAUAUGUAUUAAUAUUGCAAGUUGCAUACGUCGCGCGUGGAUUAUGUCAUUUAUUUAUAAUAAAAAGCAUAAAAGUUGACAAUAUGCAAACAAAUGGUUGCUGAAUGUUGCACCAAAGAGUGAGAAAAAUAAACACACUUAAAAAUGUAGACUGUGUGCGUACGCAAGUGUGUGUGUGAGUGUGAGUGCCACAGAUAAUAGAUGUGUUUAGUUGUAGCUGUAUAAAUAUACACAUAUUAUACACUAUAUAUACUUAGAUAUAGCGAUAUAUAUACAUAGUUGUAUGUGAAGCAUAUGCGACGUUGUCAUCGCAAAUUGUCCCCGGGGCCAUUGCGAUGCUCCAUGUAGCGCCCGCUAGUGAGUCUAGCACUAGGAUUAGCUCUAGCCGAAGCGCAGAGAGUCUUUCUAACAUAAAUUAAACAAAACUCAACAACAGCAACAAAUGGCCACAUUUAAUGCAACCAAUGUAACAAGCAACAGCAACGCCGCCGAUGCUCUGGCCUCUGGUGCAACAUUUCUAGUGCCCGCCACGGCAACACCAGUGUCGGCAGCAACAGUUGGCACCGUGGGAACGCAUCCGCUGCAGUUGGAUCCAUUCGGUGGUCUUUCUACGCACUCACCUUACCUGGGCGCUGGUGUGCCGCCCUUGCAACCGUUGCCACUGCACCAUCAUCAUCAGCAGACAACCAACUCUUCCUCCUCGUAUACGUUUGUGCAAAUUAAACGUGAGCCUGUCAACGACCUCAACGCCAACAAUUGCCAUCAACCACAGCAGCAGCAGCAUCAUCACCACCACCACCAACAGCAGCAGCAACAUCAUUUGCAAACAGCAUCGACAUCGCUGGGGUUAACCGGCAGUUUAUCCACAUCAUCCUUGACCGCUUCGGCCACAUCAAAGACCAUGACGACGUUGGUCAAAAUUGAAGCAUCCUCGCCAAAGGUCAACGAUUUGGAUAAGUCCUCGUGCAAUACAAGUAACUCGGUGCCCAUUGGUAUUGCUGUGGCACGCAAGCGUCCACAAGAAGCUAACAAUGCCACAUUGAAUAGUGGCUCCAAUCUGGCGCUGCAGUCAACGCUCAACAAGGACAUGAACUGCUUUGGCAUUCGUGUUGCUGAUUUGGGUGGCACAGGUUGUGGCAAUCUUUAUUUCACAGGCAACGGAGAUCUGAUGACGACAGGUAGCGCCACUGCUGAGGAAUUGGCGCUUAGCGCUGCUGGCGUCAACAGAGCACCUUCAACCUUCUGGCAAUAUCCAAAUGCAUUACCCAUUGAAUCAGUGAUUUCCAUGUCGCCCGCCACCGUGGGCUUGCAAUACUCACGCGAGGCCAGUCGUGGUCAAGUGGUGCUGCUGCCCGCUGCGCCCGCAGCGCUUGCAGGCAUAUCAAAUUUUCCCUUCUUAACGCCCACAGAUCCGUUCCAGCAGGCGGCUGCCGCUGCAGCGUUCGUCUGGCCCUCGGCUUACAUACCCCAAGCAGCCACAGCUCCCGGAGCUGCAGCCGCAGCGGCUGCACUGCAGCCAUCGCCCAACUUUAUCUUUCCCUCCAUGGGACAUGCACACCCGCAGCUGGGCGCCACGCCCCCUUACGCCUCCACGCUGCAGCUGUAUUUGGCAGCCGCAGCCAGUGGCAGCUCCACGCUCUGCCAGCACAGCAAUCAGCAGACGAGCAGCACCACCACCACCAACUCCUCUACCAUAAACCUGAGUCUUGCUGGCGCUGGCGCCGGCUCCGGCGUUACCUGCAGCACCAGCAGCAGCAGCCUUAGCAGCCUCAGUUCCAGCAGCAGCUCUCGCUUCCUCAGCCUGAGCACGCAGCCGCCGCCGCCACCGCCCAAGCCUUUUCCCAUGAACUCCUUGCUGUUGCCGGCUCCAGCAGCGCUGAAGCUGGAGGAUUAUCCGCUGGCUCAGCCGUUGCCGUUGCCGCUCCCAUUGCCGCUUGGCACGCUGCCCUUGCCGGAGCACGGAUCAGCACGUGAGAGCAGCGAACAGCAGGCGUUGAAUCUAAUGCGUCUGCCCACGCCGCCCACAUCGGCCACCAUGGAGCCCACUGCUGGACAUUCGCUGCCGCAUCCCAUACUCUUCCAACCCUCGCCUAGCACGCCCACGCCCAUGCCAGCGCUGCUUAAUCUGUCUAUGCAUGGAGCAGCUGUAAAUACAGCCACGCCCACGCCUACCGAGGAGACGGCGCUCAACUAUAAGCUGCAUGCGCCGCUGACGCCACAGACGCCUCCCAGACUGGGCACAGCCCCCGCGACGCUACCACAAAUGCAAGAUGUCAACAUACAGACGGACACGCCCGUCUGCAGCGACGAGGAGAACUCCUCUUGCCCGCUCAAAGCCACACAGGACCCAGUCCAGCCCCUUGAACUCACCAAACCCAGUGAAUCCAGUGCCAGCAAUCCCAAUCAACCAAACGAGUGCCAUACCCAAACCAGUCCCAGUGACAAGAUCCCCCCCAUGCCAGAGGCGCCUCUAGAGCCGCCUGCCCUUGUGCCCUUGCAGCAGCAGACGCCGCCAGCGGAUCUAACGGGACUGCUGCUGCUCUCCAACAUAAGCACCAACAGCAAGCCGCUCAUGCGCGUCAAGCAAGAGCCCGUGGAGCACUAUGAACCCGCACCAAUUCCUGCUCCAGCACCACAGCCCCUGUCAAUGCCCAUGCCCAUGCCCGUUGAGCCACUGCAGCAGAUGAUUGAAAUGCAUGAGCCACAGCAAUCGGAACCGCUGGGCGGCUUGAAGCUGCUCUGCGCCUUGGCUGAGCAGCGCAUACAGGAGGAGGGCAACAGUCUAUUUACCACGCCCACCUCGCGUACGCCAACGCCACCGCCCACACCGCCGAGAGCAGACACACCGCCCUCCAGCUUCGCCUCGCUCCAGCAGAGCUCUCCGACGUUUCCCUCAAUGCAGGGCAUUGAGCUGCCAACCACAUCAAGCGCCGCUGCGUCCGUUGGCGAGCUGCCACUGACUCCGGUGAAGCGCAAGAAGCACAAACAUUCCAAGUCGAACGCCUUGUGCGGCGACAGCCGCAAAGCCUCACGCUGCAGCAAGAAGAGCAAGAAGAAGCGACGCCACAGUCGCUCACAACAGCAACAACUGCUGGGCGAGGAUAAUGCGUCGGAGCUGCAAGAUGAUGAGCUGCAGGCGGAGCUGCGCAAUGCGCUCAAGGUCAUGGAUCCCACUAAUGCACAGCGCUUUGGCCAGGAGGUGUUUAGCAUGAUGGACAACAGAAUGCGCAUGCGCUUGGCGGAUGUAACGCGGCAGUAUCGUAAAAAGAAGCGCAAGCUCGACGAGAUUAGCAAGCAUAAGAAGAAGAAGAAGUGCUCCAAGCUACAACAGCAGCAGCAGCAGCAGCAACAACAACAACAGACGCUAUCAUUGCAGUCAACGCCAACGCCCACGCUGCAACAGCCACAGCUGACGCUAAGCUCAACGCUAUCGGGAGUGUUAGGCACCUCCUCACCCUUGAGAGAUUGCAAGUUCUCGAAGUUCUCGAGCUUCAUGCGCCUACCAGAGAAAACACACUCCUUCCCACCGCCACCGGAGCCGUCACUGCUGCAGCAAACGCCGCCAGAGUCGAGUACCUUGCCCAGCAGUCGGAACAGCCGCUCACCCAGCACCACAUCCUUUGUGCGCCUGGAGCCGAGUGCACUUGAUGCCGCCGUUGCUGUUGCACCCACCUCCAUUACCUCCAAUGCUUCCAAGCAUGCAGUCGCCGCCAAGACUGCGGCGCGUCGCGAGCGUAAGCUCAAAGCCAGCACGCUGGACGCGCAGCAGGCAACGGAAGCCAAGCGGCGACUAACUGCUGCCGAUGCGGAGCUGCAGCUGACCAGCGAGCAUCUCUAUCGCGAUGAGACGCGCGUGCUCACCGACAUGGGCGGACUGUUCUAUGCGGGCGUAAUGAAGCCGCUGCGUCCACCAGAUGUCUAUGCCAUUACACUCGACGGCGAACGCGGCAACAAGUCGCAUGUCAUGUCGCGCGAGGAUAUACUCAAGGAUACGAUUCUUGAAGUGGCGCCCAAGAGCGUCGAGGAUGUGCCUGUGGGCACACGUCUGUGUGCCUAUUGGAGUCAGCAGUACCGCUGCCUCUAUCCAGGACGUGCCAUUGAGUCGGAGUCUGCUCAUGAGAGUCAGCAGGCGGCGUUAACAACAGCAGCAGCAGCAACCACAGCAGGAACAGGAACAGCGACAACGUUGCAGGACUUUGUUAGCGUGGAGUUUGAUGACGGCGACAGCGGACGCAUACGCUUGAAGAACAUACGAUUGCUGCUCAGCAAUUAUCCUAUAGCAGAGUACAACGAUAAUCCACUUUACUCAGUAGGCAAACAGAAGCGUGGCGCGCUGCGCUCUGGCGACAACUGUGCAGGCGCUGGUCCGGCAUUGGAGCAAGCUGCUGCGGCUAGUGCUGAUGAGGGUCACAACAGUCAUCACGGCUUUAGCAUGACUAGCGAUAACACAACCUCGCUGGCCGCCACCAUGGAGCUCUUUACACAGCGCAGCGAGAAGAAGCGGCUAAAGAAGAGCUUGAAGAAGCUGAACAAAGCACAGAAUGGCAAUGGACAAUGCGGCAGUGAGUCGAAUGGCUUGGAUGCAAAUGGCGCAGCUGCUGGCGAUGGCUUGGACGAUGGCAAUCGCAAGCAUCACAAGCAUAAGAAGCGCAAGAAGCACAAGAAGCAUCAUCGCAAGAAUGGCAAUGAAGAGGCUGAGCCGCCGGCACAGGAAUAUGUAGUGGCAAAGGCACAAGCAGAGCAGCCUGCAGUGGUGGCGCCACCAGUUAAGCAGGAGGUGAAGGUGAAGGCAGAGCAGCUCGAUAUUGAGGAGGAGACCACCUCUAACGUCAUGUCCGAAAUAUCCGAUGAGGUCAAGGGCGACGAACUGGUUGGGCACAACAACUCCAAGGGCAGCAGCAAGAUCGCUGCCUUCUUGCCGGAGCGUCAGCUCUGGGGUUGGUUUGGCACCGCCUAUCGCAAGGCGGGCGUCAAGGGUCGCGCCAGAAAGCAAUUUUAUAAAACAAUCAAAAGGGGCAAGGAGACUAUAACGGUCGGGGACUGUGCAGUAUUUCUAUCCACGGGACGGCCGGAUCGACCCUACAUUGGGCGGAUUGAGUCCAUGUGGGAAACCACCGCUGGCAAUAGAGUCGUGCGCGUGGCCUGGUUCUACCACCCGGAGGAAACUAACGGCUGUCCAAAAUUGAAAUAUCCGGGUGCGUUAUUUGAAUCGCCGCAUGAGGAUGAAAAUGAUGUGCAAACGAUUUCGCAUCGUUGCGAGGUGCUACAAUUUGUUAGCUACUUUAAUAAAUUCGGGGUCGAUUCGAAGCAAUAUCAAUCCAUAUACGAUAACAAUGAUACAUAUUAUUUAGCCGGGCACUAUAACCCAAGGUUGCAAGUGCUGAAACUACAAGACGAUAUUCCAACUCUCGAAGAGCUGCAGGAUACAACUACUAAUACAACUAUAACUACUACAGAGAAUUAAGCAAAGCGUGGAUAGGCUAAGGCAUAGUGCAUACAAAUCUAUAUAAAUACUAUAUAUAUAUAUACAAUGUUAUACACAUUUUACAAUAC